CACUUUUUCUGCUCGUCCUCCGACGCACUGCUGCUGCUGUUGUUGUGCGUGCUUCUGCUGCUGUGUUGCAUCCCGUGUGUUGGUUGGUGUUGUUGCUGUUGAGAGGCAGUGAAGCAAGCAAGCAAGAUGGCCUUCCGUGCCUCGCGACGACUGAUGGGCGUGCUGUCGCUGUCAGCAGACGUCGCCAGCCCCGUGUUCAAGGAGAACUUUGCCAAUGUCAAGGCCGAGGUGGAGAACCUGCGUGUUCUCGUCAACACCAUCAAGCAAGGUGGCGGUGCCGCUGCUGUGAAGAAGCACACUGAUCGUGGCAAGCUGCUGCCACGCGACAGGAUCAACGCCGUGCUUGACAAGGGGUCCCCGUUUCUCGAGAUUGGGCAGCUCGCUGGAUAUGAGCUGUACGAGGAUGUGGUGCCAUGCGGUGGCAUCAUCACGGGCAUCGGCCGCGUCCACGGGACGGAGUGCAUGAUUGUUGCCAACGAUGCGACGGUCAAGGGCGGUUCGUACUACCCAAUCACCGUCAAGAAGCAUCUUCGCGCCCAAGAGAUCGCCCUCAAGAACCACCUCCCCUGCAUCUACCUCGUUGACUCUGGCGGUGCGAACCUUCCUCGCCAGGCCGAUGUGUUUCCGGACAAGAAUCACUUUGGACGCAUCUUCUUCAACCAGGCAAACAUGUCCGCAAAGAACAUCCCACAGAUUGCGUGUGUGAUGGGCUCGUGCACGGCCGGUGGCGCGUAUGUGCCCGCCAUGUCUGACGAAACGGUCAUUGUCAAGGAGCAGGGCACGAUCUUCCUCGCCGGACCCCCGCUGGUGAAGGCUGCGAUUGGAGAGGAGAUUUCUGCCGAGGAGUUGGGCGGUGGUGAUUUGCACACGCGCGUAUCCGGUGUCGCGGACCACUUGGCCAUUGAUGAUGCGCACGCACUCAGCAUUGUUCGCUCGACCGUCAAGAACCUCAACCGCAUCAAGCCGCAGCAGGUUGUGACGCGCGAGUCGCGCCCUCCGCUGUACGAUCCGGAGACGGUGUACGGCAUUGUUGGCACGGACUACCGCAAGGCGUUUGACGUUCCCAAGUUUACGGUGAUUGUUGGCGGCUCGUUUGGCGCGGGCAACUACGGCAUGUGCGGGCGCGCAUACGAUCCGCGCUUCAUGUACAUGUGGCCCAACGCGAAGAUCUCCGUCAUGGGUGGCGACCAGGCAGCAAAUGUCCUCAGCACGCUGGACCAGGUCAAGCGGCGCAAGCUCGGCGAGCAGGAGCUGUCGACGGAGGAAGAAGAGGCGCGGAAGCAGGUGAUCAAGGACCGCUACAUGGCAGAGGCACACGCGUACUUUGCCAGCGCGCGCCUGUGGGACGACGGCGUGAUUGACCCGGCCAACACGCGCGACGUGCUUGGUCUCUCCAUCUCCGCCUCCCUCUGUGCUCCGAUUGAGCCAACCAAGUUUGGUGUCUUCCGCAUGUAAACCACCACGCGCCACGAUGCACGUGUGUGUGUGUGUGUGUGUGUGUGUGUGUGUGUGUGUGUUGACUGAUUGUUGUAGUUUGCACGAGUGGCCGUGUUUCUUUGUUUGUUGGUGUGCCUGCGAUUGAUUGUUGACGUUGCUGCGUUGGAAGAUUUGUUUGUAUGUUUCUUGCCUUGCAAAGGGGGGAACAACCUACGAACAAAG